ACCAGACCUCCACACACACGAAUGCAAAGUGCAAGGUGCCGCGCGGCACGUCAAAACACCGCCUCCAGUGUGUGUCCACAGACAAGGUGCCGGCAUGCCAGCCAGCAUCACAAGGGCAGCUGCAUCGGCACACUAGGCCUCUGAGCCAUCACAUACCUCCCCCCGGCUUCCGCGCUCUCCCUCCUCGACGCGGCUCCGCUGACAACACCACGGGGGCUUCCCACGCCGCCCAGACUGUUGCGCCCGCUCCCGACGCCGCCCAGGCUGUGUCGCCCGCUGCCCAUGCCGCCAAGGCUGUUGCGUGUAGAGCCUCUCCUCUGGUUGGGCCAUACGACCGCCCAGCCCUUCCAACAUCCCUCCAAUAGACAAUCAGGCGUGGACAGAAACCGCUGGGCCUGCAGCGAGGGUCACAGCAGACAGAUGCAUAUAUUCCCCUCGUGUCUCUCUGUGAGUGUGUCUUACUUGCAGUAGGUGGACGUUGAUGCGCGGCACAUCGUUGGUCUUGAGCAGCACCUUCCGAGACACGCCGUAGGCAAUGACCACGAUGAUUGCACCGAGGGCGAAGGUCACGAUGGCCAGCGCCGUCCGGUCCACGGACUCGUAUCGAGUGCCGAUCUCAACCAAAGUGAAGAUGACGAAGUCAUAAGUGUCGUGCAGCAACACCGGCAGAGCCAAAAUCUGACGACAAUCACCAAAACAAUCCACCUUUUGUCACUGGGAGGUCUGGUGUUGCGUGGCUGACUCUGCAGUAGUGUGUCUCCUCGUUUUUGAAUUUUCGGAUGGCGAGAUAGCCGCCGAUAAUGGCGCCGUAAAAGAGAUGCCCUGGCACAGCCAGAGCCAUGCGCAAGGUGGCCGUCAUGAUCCGCGAAAGGGCGGUAUUGCUGCCGAACACAUAGAUAAAGUUCUCUACCUGCAUUGCAUACAGGAAUCGAUCGAGGCGGAAUGGGGCUGCCAUGGGUGGGGUGCGUGUCGCAUUCGUUGUCUCACAUACCAAUGCAAAGCCAUUGGAUGCAGCUACGGCAUAGACAAGAAGUGAAGGCGGAUCGGCAACAUAAUCCUUCCACAGCAGCCGCCUGCAAGCCACCCAUCCACACACCGCAGCCUUGCAUGCCGUCUCUGCCAUCCUGUCGUUGUCCGACGGACUUGGUGGCAAUGUAUUUGAGUGUCUCUUCAUAGAAACCAGCGAUGAUGUACGCAGAUAUGAAGUGGAUGAAGAUGGCCAUGGCCAAGGUGUCGUCGGCCCUCCUCAACGCAGGCAACACAAACAGCACCAGAGGCAGCAAGAUGAUUAUCAAAGGAAUCAUGUACAGAAUCGCCUCCAGGAAUGAGAAAAACUCCUGAAGACGCACCGUCAUGAGAGCGGUGACAUGUUCGGACGGAAAGGGCCCUCGCCUACCUGACUCAGGAAAACAUGCUCCUUGAAGCGCUGCAGCAUCCGAAAACGGAAAGACACGCAUGGUGCAUUCACUCAUGGCUCUCGGACUCACCCACCCAAUGGACAUAUCCCUGAAUCAGCAAACUUGGCAUCACCGUCAAUAAAGCAAGGCCAAUCGCUCCAAGACCCGCAACAGUAAAGAGGUACGCAGCCACCACCCCAGCCACGCUAGCAAUGACGUAGAGAAGAAGGAACGCCGCCGUCCUGUUGACGCACUUGCCGGUGAAGAAGUCCACAGAUGGCACAGCAGGGAUUUGCUGUGUCUGCCUUUCGACAAGGGGUCCUGGCCCAGGGAGCUGCCCAGGGGGAAGCAGCAGCUGGGGCUGCCCCACAGGGGCGGGUUGGGGCUGGGAUUGGGUGGCUGCUGCAGGUGUGGGAGGUGCUGAGAAGCGAGGGGGGAGUGCCGGUGCUAGGGUAGUGGGAGGGGCUGGGCUGGAGUAGUACAGCCGAGGAGGCGGCCGUAUGCGUGUUGGACUCCAUGGUGGGGCAUCAGCUGGAGGGCCCAUCGCUCAAGGGAACACAAGGGCGUGGAGGAAG